ACUUCCCCUUCCGUUGACGUCUAGUGUGAAUCGACCUGGAAGGUUCUGUGAAUGACAUGGUCAUUUUCCUUCCCUAUUCUUACUCAGUCCGAGAUCGUGUUCCAUGUGCGAUGCUGACCUCUUUGCUAAUCGGUCACUAUUUGUACCUGCGACUGCUUGUCUCACAACGAGGAAUCGUAGCGCGACUCUCGUCUGUGUUGGCAAGCUUGGAGCAACAAAGAUGUACUGGCACUCUGGCAGUAAUUAGUGUUUGGAUGUAGAGAGAGUGUGUGUGUGUGUGUGUGUGUAGAGAAGAAUGAGAUUAAAAUGACUGGCUAUUUCAAUUUCGAUGUUGUGUUGGUAUUAAUUAUGUGCGACGGUCAUUUUAUAUGUUAAAUGCAAUUAGGAGAGUGGAAUGUGUAAAGAUUUGUGCUUUGUAUGGGCGCUGAUGACCGCGCAGUUGAGCGACCGACAAUCCAAUCAUCAUCAAACAGUUCGACGUAAGCGUUUUGACGGGCGCUUGGGCUACGACGGAAGUGAAUAUUAAGAUUGAAAUCACUUAAAAAAUGUGUGGUAUAUAUUUCGCUGUUUACAGAGGCAACGACGUGUAUCAAUGCCAGCGGUCCAAUUGUGACCAUAAUCAAUGUGAUGGAUCCGUAUAUGAGGUUCAUGUGAAAGACCAGUUGGAAUCCAGAGGCCCUGAUACAACAUCGGUAGUCCAGAAUUAUGACAUGGAUGGCUGGGCUGUAUUCAGUGCAGCAAGUGUAUUGUGGAUGCAAGGGAAGCACCCCACACCUCAACCAUUGGUUGACAGUGCUGGUAAUAUUCUGCUGUGGAAUGGGGAUAUCUUCUAUGGAUCAUUGGCACCUGAUGAUUCAACUUCAGACACUUUAAGUGUUGUCGAAAACUUGAGCAAGUGCCACAACAAUGAAAUGAUCAUUCAAACAAUAAGCAAAUUCAGAGGUCCAUUUUCAUUUGUGUAUCUGAAUCCUACAACUAGACAACUCUGGUUCGGCAGAGAUGUUCUGGGCCGUCACAGCUUACUUUCACACAGCAGUAACAACUCGCUUGUGAUAACAUCAGUAUCAAGAAAAGAACUGCAUUGUCAAGAGGUUCCAGCAGUUGGUGUUUUCCUGGCGGAGUUGACUGACAAAGGCAGUAUAUCAAUCAAACUUUAUCCAUGGUCUGGAAUUUCUGAGACUAGACUGUCUGCUGCAGUGGAUCUCUAUCACGUCGACUUAAAUAUUGAUCAGUGUUUCAUAGAAUCACCGCUCUCAGGUUGUUAUAUGAAUACUGACUCCAUCCCGUCUUCAGUACUUGAAUCUUACUGGCUGAAGUGUAACAGUGAGAACAUACCUGAUUUCUUCACAACACUACUCAUGGAUGAAUCAGUCUGCAAGAAUGUCGACAGGCUUCUAAACUUAUUGAACUUUUCUGUGAAAGUGCGAUGCGGUAAACAGUGUGAGCUGUGUAAAAACUGUGUAAAGCAGUUCAGCAGUAAAAAAUGCUGUAAACAUUCAAAAGUUGGGAUUCUCUUCUCUGGAGGUCUAGAUUCAAGUGUUAUAGCAGCCCUUGCAAGUCAAUGUAUUCCAAAAGAUGAACCUAUUGAUUUAAUAAAUGUGGCUUUUGAACCAAAGAAAAGAAUUUGUAGAGGAAACAAAAAAGCAGCUGUGAAUCGUGCAGAUUAUAAUGUUCCUGACAGAAAGACAGGAGUUCAAUCAUACAGACAACUCCAAGCCCUCUAUCCAGAAAGAAAAUGGAAUUUUAUUCAGGUGGAUGUGACAAGAGAGGAGUUGAAGGACAGAUGUCUCCAAAGAAUUUCUGAUCUCAUACAUCCUCUUAAAACUGUUUUAGAUGAAUCACUGGGCUGUGCUUUAUGGUUUGCCAGUAGAGGACAGGGAAGUCUGCUUGACUGUGACCAAAAUAUGCUCUGUUCAUCACCAUCCAGAAUCCUUCUAGUUGGCAUGGGUGCAGAUGAACAACUGGGUGGUUAUCGUCGACACAGAUCCGCACUCAGGACUGGUGGAUGGCCAGCAUUGCAAGAGAUGUUGAAGUCAGAUUUAGACAAUAUUUCGUCUCGGAAUCUUGGAAGAGACGAUCGGGUUGUUGCUGAUCAUGGCUGUCAAGCUCGCUUCCCUUUUCUGGAUGAGGCUGUUGUUAGUUUCCUCACAUCACUCCACCCGUGGGAAAAGGAUUCAUCAAGGAUACUGUGUUUGUACAUCCUGUGCUGGCUUCCCUACCUGAACUUAGAGCAAGAAUUUAUGCCGCCACUGAGCAAGUUGCACCUGCAAUGCUACAGCGAGUUUUGGAAGAAACUGACUUUCAAUUUAGGAUGUGUGCAGGAUAAUCAAUGGAAGCCACAUACAACAUCUUUAGUUUAAGGUGCUUUCCUGUGGAGAACUGCCCUCCAGGAGUUGGUGACAAGCUCCUAUUAAGACUGGCAGCCUGCAAGCUUGGCCUCCAUGAAAUA